AUGACCGCUCAGAUGCGCGUCAUCCUACUCUUGAUCCACGAGACAGCACACGACAGCACGCCGAAUGGCAGCGCGGCCUUCUCUCACAUUGCCAACGGACAGGGGAUGAGCAGAUACGACAUGCCAGACGGCGUCUCUCCCAGCACAGCUUCCUCGGUCUCCGAAGCCCUGCAAUCGGCCGGCGAGGCGGCUCAUUCUCUCGCCUCUCGUCUGAUAACCAUCCGCUCCGAGCAGCAUGCGAAGCUACCCCUCCGCGACUUCCUCGCAGUCUUCAGACUCUGCUGGUCCUUCGUGCUUCGGUCCGAGCUCACCAAUAAGCGCAUGAUCACUGGCCUCCGAGCAGCAGCAAAAGCCGUAGAGGAGGAGAGAUGGGAUCCUGUCAGCGUCCCCGCCUUGUCACAGAAGGAUGUCGAUCGGACGGCCGGAUCAGCUACUCAAGAUCCUGCUGACUUUAUUCUCCUAGCCGACGAUGACGGCGAGGACGAGGACGAGGAGGAGGAGGCGGCGGACGAGGCGGAGGGACGCAAGCGGGCUUCCACAGCAUCUGAAGAGCAGACGUCGCGCGCGUCGAAAACAUCCAAGACGCUGCACAUCGAGGAGCGCGAGUAUUACGUUGUUGGGGCGACGCUCGACGUGCUCACCCUUCUGGGGGAGUACCUCCGCAUGAUCGUGAAUCUUCCGCUCUUGACGACCGAGGCCAUGACGCGUUUUGUGGAGUUCCUCAAGCAGGUCAACUCGCGAACAUGCCAGGUGGUGCUCGGCGCCGGUGCCAUGUGCUCGGCAGGUCUCAGGAACAUCACUGCAAAGAAUCUUGCACUGGCCUCGCAGACGCUGUCGGUCUUCAUCUCCUUCAUCUCGUACAUUCGAGAGACCGUACGAGGGCAUCUGAGCGUCCGCCAGGCAUUCAUGCUGACUGAGUCCGACAAGCCGAAGCGGGACUGCCAAGAGCACCAAUACGAGAUCCACGCGAAGCUGGUCUCGAUCAUGAAUGAUCGUCUCAUCGUGCACUCCAAGAGCAUAAGAAAUGUAGACUGGAAUUGCGACGCAAAGAUCACUCUCGAUGCGAACAAGUAG